CCCCAAAGGGGUUGUUGUAUUUGCAAGCCUGCACUACCUUACCAACAAAUCCCCAAAAUUGACCCAUGGUGUAGGGCGAUGACACAUGAAGUACCCAUGUCCUGAUGAAUUCAAGCCGGAAAGAUUUCUCCAUGAAGAUGGUUCCUUACCGGUGACACAAUGCCUUUAAGUUUUGGCCGGGGCCGCUGGAUCUGUGUGGGACGGCAUCUCGCGGACGCGUCACCCUGGAUCGCGAUUGCGAGCUUCCUCGCCAUUUCAUCCCAGUCGUCCCAAGUUCUCCACUGGGCUCGCUAUGUUUGCAGAAUCCCAUCUGUCCCCGAAAGCAAUCUGCUGAUCUCUUAUCUCAGUCAUGCAGAGAAAUUUCCCUGCCGCAUUGUCCCGCGAUUUCCCAAUGCACCCGCGAAGACAUUGAUGCACUUGACUGGGUUAGUGGCAGAGCAAUCGCGAUCGUGGCAUACAGUACCAAGCCCUGCUUUGAGAUUUUGUCUAAGUACUGUUGGAUGGCAACGCCAGCCUACCCUCUGAGUCCCCCAGGGGCCCCAAGGGGGCGACAUUCGAGCGGGACAAUCAAAAACAAUCGCGAUGCGUUCAAUUUCAGUGAGACACAUACUGCAUUGAGGAC